UCGUUCCUACCAGGAAUCCGAUACCGUUGUGAAAACGGGCAUUUUGUAUUCACUUCUUCAUUCCUUCUUAUUUCUCUACAGGAAUCUAUAGCAUUGGAUUCAUAGGCCAUGGAGACCUCUGGCAUUCUUUACAGGACGGUUUUAAGGUUACCGACGACCAGGGUUGAUUUUGGCUGUCUGUUUUCCAGGGAGUUGAAUCUUGGUGUUGGCGAUUCCAGGGUUUCAGUUAGGCGUAGGAAUUCUUACGGGAGAUUGAGUUGUCAGUUUGCUGAUUCAGGGCAUAUCCGGUAUUAUGUAUCGCCAAGGGUUGGUGUCGGUGGUGGUGGCGAUAAGAAAGAGAAGGAAAAGAGGCGUGAGAUUAAAAGAGUUAAGAAGAAGUUGAAGUUUAUUAAGAGAUUGUCCAAGGACUUGUCCAUGCUUCCUAAUAUGGUUGAUGGAAAGGAUAUUGGGAUUGGAUUGAUCGGUGAAGUUAAGAUGACGAUGGUUUCUGAAGCAAGCGACAUUUUACUGGCACUACUGAAGCAGUUGAGAUCAGAAAAUAAAGAGUUGAAGAGAGAAUUGAAAGAGGACCGAGCUCAGCUCAAAGCCACUUUGGAGAAAUCAGAAUCAUCAUCUUCCUCUGAGUCAAGUGAUAGCGAAUGUGGGGAGGUAGUUGACACGAAAACCCUGAGAAGCAAUGUUUUGAAACCAUCUCAAUAUAUAGAAACACCAAGUGAGGAUGAUAUGAGACAACCAGAAGAUGUCGAAGCAGCAAUGGUGACAGAGGAAGCAACAUUAGUUAACUCUCUUAUUGAACUAGAAAACUCAGAUUCGAUCCCCCAAAUACGGAUACGGGUACCUUGCUCUGGUUUUGGUAGUGAAUAUUGCUGUACAAAUGGCUUCAAGAAUGAUCACAACAACAGACUUGUGGAAGGUGCAUCCACCAAGAAGAUUGAAAUUUGCAUGGGUGGCAAGUGCAAGAAGCUAGGAGCUGCUGCUUUGUUAGAGGAGUUUGAGAGGAAGGUUGGUGCAGAGGGCACUGUUGUUGCGUGCAAGUGCAUGGGGAAGUGCAAAACCGCUCCAAAUAUUAGGGUCUUGAACUCUCCAAGUGGAAGAGAAGCAAAAAGCGAUGAAGACUCUGUUGGACUUGGGAUUAAGCCCACAUUCACCGGCGUUGGGCUGCAAGACGUGGAUAUGAUCGUUGCAAAUCUGUAUGGCAAGAACGUAGACGAUGAAUGUCUGAUGCUCUCUGCAUGAGUCUUUUGUUUUAUUUUUUGAUUAAAUUCGUGGAUUUAACAGGGUGUGUGAAUAUGAGAUAAAGUAGAUGUGAUAAUUGCCAUGGAAGAAACUACCUGUAUUUCUAGGAUCCAGCUGUUAACGUAAAUGCAAAUGAUCUUUUUUUUU